GUCCGCCAUCUCCCCCAAAAAUCCCACCCUCAUUAGUCAUUUCCUCCCCAAUUCAAGAAACCACCACCUCCGAAAAAAAAACCCAAUAAAUACCCAAAAAAAAAACUCCAACCUCCUCAACUCCCCUCUCUCAUCAACAAAACAAAACAAUGGCGUUCCGCUUGAGCAACAACCUCGUCGGGAUCCUGAACUUGGUCGUCUUCGUCCUCUCGAUCCCGAUCCUCGCCGGCGGCAUCUGGCUCUCCCACCGCUCCUCCACCGACUGCGAGAAGUUCCUGCAGGCCCCCAUCAUCGCCAUCGGCGUCUUCCUCCUCGUCGUCUCCCUCUGCGGCCUCGUCGGCGCCUGCUGCCGCAACUCCCUCCUCCUCUGGAUCUACCUCCUCGUCAUGUUCCUCCUCAUCGUCCUCCUCUUCUGCUUCACCAUCUUCGCCUUCGUCGUCACCAACAAGGGAGCCGGCGAGGUUGUCUCCGGGAGAGGCUACAAGGAGUACAGGCUCGGGGACUACUCCAACUGGCUGCAGAAGAGGGUCGAGAGCUCCAAGAAUUGGAGGAAGAUCAGGAGCUGUUUGGUUGAUAGCAAGGUUUGCCAGAGGUUUGAGGGGAAUGGCAACAGGACUCUGGAUCAGUUCGUGAAGGAGAAUCUGUCGCCGCUUCAGUCUGGAUGCUGCAAACCUCCAACAGCGUGUGGCUUCAUAUACCAGAGCGCAACUGUAUGGAACAAGCCCGCAAAUGGAUUCGCCUCCAACAACACCGACUGCCCAGUCUGGAACAACGAUCCCAACACCCUCUGUUACGAUUGUGAAUCUUGCAAGGCUGGUGUCCUCGCCAACAUCAAGGAUGAUUGGAAGAAGGUCUCUAUCCUGAACAUCAUCUUCCUUGUGUUUCUCGUCGUUGUCUACUCUGUUGGAUGCUGUGCCUUUAGGAACAACAGGGAGGACUAUGCUUAUCCCAGAUGGAAAGGACAUCCUUAAAUCGAGCACUCGGAUGUUCUUCUUUGUACAUUCUGGAUUUUGGUAUGCUCCCUGGUUAUGUUAGCUGUGUUGACCCUAUCAUGUGUAGUUUUCGGUUUUGUAUUGAUGCUGUGACGUGUAACUGGGAGCUUUAGACACAAAUACAUUGUGAUUGCCCUAGUGUUACCUAGUUUUCGAAAACUCUUCUAUUUCUUUGGUUAAUAUUUUCCUACUGUUGUAGAGCGUCUGUGCUCUACGGAUGAUGAAGCAAUUGAUGAUUUGUAGUUCCGAUAAAUCAGUUAAAAAUGUUGUGUCACGUGAAA